AUGGACCGCUCAAUCGUCUUCAAUUGGCACGGUAUCUCUAGGCGCCAGAGGAUUCUCCUGUGUUUUGCACCUCCGGGCGACAAGAUCGAGCUGGGGGCAGAGCAAAAUCACAUAGUAUGGAAAAUCAUAGAUGCAGAAGGCUACGGCUCUGCGUCGGUAUUCUUUACAGGUCGUCUGGCGUGCGGACAGACAGCGUUAUGUCCAGAAGGGCGCGUUCGCGGAUCGCACUGGGUGAACGUAGAGCGCGGCGAGUCUGUCGCCCUUUCUGAUCCCGACGACAACAAGGACAACAAAGAAAACAAGUCCGGUCCGGGCGAAUGGACGAAAGCCUCCGUCCGCAACAUCGACGACCCGUGCAUGCACAUUCACAACGGGACGUCGCAACCACAAACUUUUGUUCUCGGUUGCACAUGGGGCGCCGCAGGCACCGUCAGGUCUAUCGGGUUCUACCAGAUCAGGCUCUUCGAGCCUACGUUCUGCUGGAAAGCCGUCCGACCGAAGCAGACGGUCAACGCAAAGUUCGAUCCGCACCUCUGCGCGGCGAUCCUUGAUGGCGACAAGCUUUACGAAGAGAGCGAGAUGCUCACCGCGCGAAUCCCGCCGGAGUGCGUCUUCUGGCGCCAGAACGUCAACAAACUCCCGGCGGUGAGCUACUUUGAGUUCAUGGCGACGGAAGAGGGCUUCGUGAUGCGGAGGGAAGAGUAG